GAUCACGUGAUCGUCCAAUGAUAGCACAGCAUUGAGGAGAGAGGCCGGCUAAGUUCUCCUCAAAAGUUAUCUACAAAACUACCGAAGCGACCACCUCUUCUCUCUUUAAUCCAGUAGAUACUAAAAGGAUGGGCUGCUGCUUUAGCACGGAGGAGGACGAUCAGGGCAGCCACGAGCGUUCUCCACUCUUACCAGACUCGAGAACCUCAGCUGGACAUCCCGCACCAACGUCGUCCCUUCCUACUAAUCAUUUAUCGAAAACUGACGAAGAAUCGGCUUUAAAUCAAAUCCUCCAGAGAACAGCCAAUGAUGUCAUUGAUGUUACGUACGUUGAGCCACAUAGUCUAGAGAGAUCAGAGCUGAUGGGUAGAACUCGUGAAUAUCAGGCACAGAUAGCGUCUCUUAGAAGAGUGAAAUCUUCCAGCGCUAUGCCAAACUCAGACCAACCUCCCCCUAUAGCUUUGUCUAGAGAGCUAACUUCGUCUGCUGAUCUAAAAUUUCUAUUGGAUCGUUCUGAAGCAACAGAUGCAGCUGUAGCAAGUAUGGAAGUAAAACAUGGAGAAGCACUGGUAGUACAGUUCGCUGCACCUUAACAACAAAGAACAUGUCGUUUUACUGUCUAAUAAUUUUACUUAAUGAUAAAUAAUUAUUAUACCUAUCUUUAUGUGAGGGUGAGGGUGGGGGGGAGAGCGGAUUAAUUUUUUGCUGUAUUAAUCAAACAGCUGCAAAAAAAGCUUUUGUAAAUUUA